AAGCGCACGUUCCCUCCACGAUACCGAUAGAUGUCGACAAUCGAUAUGGAAUGGAAAUCCAAAGAUUUGACAUCUUUUGCAUACAAAUUAAUGACUGAUUUAAUAUCGAAAACCGGAUGGAGUAUAGACAGGAAAUAGGAAAUAGUCCAAUAUUAUAGCGAAGGCUGUGCAAUACCAGAACUAUACCAUAACUAUCCGUAACUGUCCGUAACUCUAUCACUUCCAACACCUGUUGGAACAGCGAAAACAGAUUUGAGUUCUUAUCCCCUCGAAAGUUAUAGCCGUGGAACGGGAAAUGGCGAAGCACUUGGGUUAUUCUGCGCGUAGAUAGACUUACAGCUCUUACAGACCCUCUGGGGUGGCUUCAUAGCUGCCUCCCGGCACUCCUGGUUGUUGUACACCGGUAGGCACGAAGGAUCAUGUAUGUCGGGGAUCAUACCUGCCUGGCCCCAUGCCGAUUGGGUUGACAAUUUGGAGCUGGCAGAUGGCAGGUUAUCCUCUUCUCGGCCCGUGAUCGUUGGAGGACCCGCUUUGGGUGCCAGCCAGUCGGGUGCCGGCAGGACAACCCCAAAGUCUUCAGAGAUUGCACAUGCAAAAGAUACACAUGUAUUCCGCAAGGGAUUCAUUCCUUAUCUUGAACGUGGAGCGAAGGAUCUUCUACGCGCAUGUUUCCUUGAUAGACUACACAGUACCAGGUACGAGGUACGAGGUACCAGGUACCAGGAUGUUCCAUAAAGCGUGGUCAGCCCCGCCCAGGACUGGGUCCCAGAAUCCUGCGAGGCCGAGGCCGAGUCCUACGCCUGCGGGGCAUAUACAAUUGGUUUUAGUGCCAGUCUCUGAUUGUAGCAAAGCCCACUCUGAACCUCUUUCAGUCUCGGGCUGUCUCUGUUUUCUCAGUCAGUUUUCAUCGACUCGUUUGAGAAGUCGAAAGGUUUACCCAGGAUACGGAAAAGCCGGAAAAAGAUUUAAAAAAAAAUGCCUGCAAAUAAAAAAAUUGAAGGAAACGCUAAAGCUGGGAGUAUACCGGGGGAUGCAGGAUCGGUGGCAACCGCGACUGUGGUUCGGCGCCAAAUGCCGCCGCGCGCCUGCAAGAGCAAGAGCCAGAGCACCGCCAGGCCCAGUCUUACUCCCAGCCGCCAGCAGCCCAGCCGCCAGCAGCCCAGCCGCCAGCAGCCCAGCCGCCUGGCCACGAAGCCCAGCCUGAAGCCGACCACCGGCUCCCAGGCGCCAUCGCAGACCAUCGCAAAGUCGAGGCCCACCGGUCUCGAGACUAUUUUUGAACUGCCCGGCGAAGAGGACGACGGGCCCACCAGCAGCCAUGGCGUGGCUUUCGGCGAGUGCCAGCGCCGCGUCCUCGCCCUGGGUACGGGCGAAAAAAAAAGAGCCCUGUCGGAGAAGCGCUGCCUGAAGGUGCGCAACACCUUGGGCGAACGCAGCACCCGGCACAUGAUGACAAUGCGGAAGUUCCGCGCUACUUUUGACAGCGUAAUGCUCGGGGGCUCGGACGAUGCAGGCGAGUCGGUCGGAGUCGCUCCCGCAGUCGCACCCGGAGUCCCUCCCGUAGCUGCUCCCGGAGUCCCUCCCGUAGCUGCUCCCGAAGUCGCUCGCGCUGGACGAAACGCCGUUAGAAAUCAGCCGGCACCAUUCGUGCGGCGCACGAGCAGGAGGCUCAAGAGUCUGCCUCCGUUUUAGAUUAUUGCACCUUCCACCCUCCACCUUCCACCCUCCAUCUUCCCGAAUGCGGCCAGGUGCUGGGCACCCUCCUCCUAUCGCCCAUCAAAGAGCCCCAGGUGUCUGCGAGAGAUGGCUCCCGAAUGUAAAUACCACCUCUUAAGACAGACAUAAUAAAUCUAAUGAAUAAUGUAAUAUUUACU